AUGACAACCGAGUCGAAAGUAAAAAAUGCUACUACACUUCUACAUAGCGGCAAAGUCAAAGAGCGUCAAGAAGGACUCAGCGCGCUUCGAAAUAUCUUCUCUCAGAAUUCCUCUAUAGAACGGUUCUACAAUGUUGCCGGUCGAGACGGGCGGAAACCAUCGCAUGAAAUAUGGGCUCCGAUACUUGACGGUCUUCAAACUUGCAUAAGAUCUGAAAAGACUGCAUUUGUCACCGCAAAAAAGAGUACAGAUGUCAUUGAGAAGAGGUUAGCCGCGGCGGCUGGGACUUAUCGAUGGUUUGUUGAGAAGUCGAUGAUGCAUUUUGCAAAGAAAACUGUCCUCGAAAUAUGCCACUUCCUAUAUAGGGAAAUGAAGGUGCGAGAAACUCUCAUACCAUCGGUUGCGCUGGAUUUUAUCAAAGCGUAUGAAUGUGUGGCGUCUCAUCCUCCUCAUUUGGCACGGUUAGAAGAAGACGAAAUAGAGUGGGAGGAAAUCGUCGAACUAUCACUCAAUGUUGUGCUCAGGAAGCCUUUGAGGACACCACUUGCCAAAGACAUUCCAUCCCAGGAUCCGCCAAGUCCAUCGCAUACUGAUAACUCCGAGAUGUUUGUGGAGGAUUCUCUUGCAUACAACGAAGAUGAGGAUGUGGAUGCUCUCCCUGGGAGUAAACGAAGACGUGGUGCUUCGCAACCUGGUCCCGCAGCUUCGAAGCACCCUCGAUACACGACUUCCAAACCUGUAUCUGCGGAGCAGGUAGCUUGUAUGUCCCUUUUGUCGGUCCUCUUCAAGUCUAGUUCUGCCCCUCUUCUAAAAAGUAGCAUUGUUCGUCCCGUUCUUCGCAGCCUAGAAGGCUUCUUUGAAAUAUACUCUUCCGAAACCUCCCUCCAUCACGACUUUCUUGCGGCUACGCUGUCAACUCUGAAACACGUAUCCUUGAAUCACAAAGACGAUGUGGUUCGCUUUGCUGCCAAUAGCUGGGAUCGAUUGCUUAAUUUGUGGGGCACGAAAAACAAGGCUUUGAAGGAAGGAUUGGUUUCCAUCCUACGAAUGCUCUUUCCUUUCCUUACUGCAGAUCCUAAUAUUGGAGAGUCACCUACUAAGCCGUGGAUCGAAAAUUUGACGAAGCUUUGGCAUCUCAUGUGUGGGCAGGGGGAUAAGCGGUGGAAUCUUGACCCGCUUUCUUUGUGUGCUGUUCGAUUGGAAGUCUCCACUCAGGACGAUUACCAAAAGGCCUUUAGAGCAAAGACUUUUCGUGCCAGUGCUCAACUUGAUCCAUUCCAAGCACUCACAUGGGCGAUGCUAGAGCUGCAAGCUGAUUGCUUGGCGAAGCUUUAUCAACACUUCGAAUCUAACCCCGUGUCGUCAACCCAACCGCAAUCAACACAAUCGAGCAAACGCCCUCGUCUACUCGAGAACCCUGUGACAUCCCUGCUCAAAUCUGUGCAGCAACCUCCCAUGCGCAUCUACAAUUUACAAAUACUCUUGUUCUUCAUUGACCGACAUUGGAAUACUCCACAUGAAUCUAUGCAAUCAGAUAUCAUUCGCACUCUUCUGGAUCACGUAACCAAUGAUGACGGGACUGUGCAGAGCUGGGCUUUCGUAUGCCUUGCUGCUCUAGCAUCUGCGGAUUGCGAUAAUGCUGCCAGUCUUCUCUCUUCUCAAACUCUCUCCGCCUCUGCCGUUCCUCCAACUACCAUCCAGACGAGAUAUAUGACGAGCGUGUCUACCCGAGGUGCUUCCACUUGGGAUUCUGUAUGGACACAUGCGAUUCGCCGUACUAAUUCACCCCAAGUAUGUCGUGCCGCUUGCCACACCGCGAGUAUCUUGCUCGUUUACGCUAACACUGGCUCUGCCCGACAAUCGCUCGUCAGAUCUUCCCUUACCUCUCAUCGCGUUCUUUCCGAAAUCGAAACUCUUGCGAAGGAUCUAGAUGUUCAAGGUCCCGUUGCCCCUUUCGAUUCCGUUUGCACGUUUCUUUCGCUUUGCCUGAAAGUCGCAAAUCAGGACGUUCGCCUGUACCGUAUGCAGCUCGAAGAAAAAGUUUUAACUUGGCUGAUCGACUCGUGGAGGCCUGCGCACAUGGAAGAUCCCGAAGCACCACUGUAUCUGGUCAGCGACGUACUAACAUUACUGGAGGCUAUCUGCUCAUCCUCACAGCGGAGUUCACUCGUUUGUCGGGUGAAUUUACCGCAGUGUUUGAUAGUAGAAACUUUAAUAGCCGAGGAGCAGGCUAGAGUCAUACGUGAUUACUUGUUGGAUGCCAAGCUACCCUCUGUCAAGUUUGAUGGUAGUCGCCCAGAGUCUUCUGCAUCCCCCAACGAAUCUUCGGACUUGGGGAAUGCCACUUUCAUGGCGCCCAUCCCCGCCGAAACGGACCUCGUGCAGCCGCGGUCCAGAGAACGUAAAAUCUCGGUGUUCUUCCUAAAAUGCCUCGAAUCAGCUCUAUCGCCAUGGCAGGAAGGUUCAGACAAUACCAUAGUCCUUAGGGCUCCUGCGGCCAAGAGGGCUUUAGAUAUUGCUGUGGUCGGCCUGUCUUUUGAGUUCGUCCUUGUUCUGAACGGUAUACAGUGCAAUAGACGUGUCAUACAGGCAGCUUGCAAGUUAAUCACCUCGAUUGCCAAAUUACUUGAUCAGUCUCAGUGGAGUAUAGAGGAAAAAGGCGCCGUCCUUCUCUCAUUGGAACCUUUAGUCUGCCUUGACGCCGAAACUUACGAUGUUGCUUCUUGGACUGUAUUACUGCCACCGACUCGAGGUACCGGGAUCCGUUCUCAGACUCUGAAAUCUCUCCUGUUGGAUGACGAUAGGCGGCAGAAAACUUUGCGAUUGGAAAGAAUGAAGCAUCUCAAAACAUUAUGGCGGAACCCUGACGUACAAGCCACCUUUAGUGGCAUCUCAGAAGUCUUCAAAGACAUUCUUAGAGUCGUCAUGGGCCAACCUUCGAAAUUGCCCGCUGACGCCAUGGUUGUUGAUGACAGCUUUAGUACUGCUGGUCGCAGUCCAUCGCAAUCAUUGGGAGCCACAUUGGGUACCGCCGCUCAGAUUUCGGCAACCCGCCAAGUUGCAGGCAUCUCUAUCCUGUUUUUAUCUGUCGGUCCUCUUUUGCAGCAAAGCGCAGGCGAGCCGACACGCGAUAAAGAGCUGACAGAAUUGAUGCUUGAAGGUGCAGAAUUGGACCUCGACCGUUUCCUGCUAGCGUGCCCGGUAUAUUUCAAUUGCAUUCGAAACCAGACUCUGAACUUGAGCCUCAACCAUUUGGCCCAAUUCAUCACUGUCCUAGCGGACCAUCUAGUGCGAUAUCCAAAUGUCAAGAGUGAAGAAUUCAACCUUCAAAUGAUCUCAUUCCUCGACGCAACGCUGUCCCUUUGGAUAUCUUUGGCGAACGUAAAUCAAAAUGCUGCUGAUAACUUUCGGGAGCUUUUCGAUCAUUAUUCUAAACAUCUCCUACGUGGAAGGCUGAAGCAUUGGAAAAUCCGUGACUCAGUCGCGCGUCUCUACAACAGAUAUCUCACUCUUGAUCCUUCGCAGAAUGCAUGGAUGGACCAGGACGAACAGACAACAUCCCCCAUGUAUAUUCUUCCCAUGUUAAUCGAAGAUAUUGAUAUUCGCGUUAGAUUUCGAGCUGUUGUAAUAAAUGCGCGGCUCUUUGAAAUCUCAAAGAAUCCCAUGGCACUAUAUGACACGAUCAGGCAGAAAUAUACCACAGAGCUCGAGCAUUUCGAAUUGAUGCUCACUAGGAUACUUUCAUUGGGAAAUAUCAUGGUUGUGAGCUCCGCCGUUCGACGCGGACCUUACUGGCAUCUGCUGGAGACAUGCUUCUUUUCGACCAAAUAUAAUCGGCACAUUGAAACGCUCCUCACCGGAGUGUCUCAACGCAUGGGUCUGAAUAAAUUAUCAGAUCUGUUCGAGGCUUACGCAUAUCAGUUGGCGUUUUCCAUACUUCAAGGCGAACACAACGUCUUACAGCUCCCUGUCAAUCUUCUCGGGUACAGGGAUCUCAAGGAGCGCGCCAACGAAACGAUUCGAGCUUUUACCCCUGCUAACCUUGUGGUUGUCGGCAAUCCUACGAUUAAGGAAGCAGGACGGAGCCUGUUCGUAGGACACUGCCAGGCAACACAGAGACAGCCAGAGGAAGUCAUCCGUGAAUGUUUCGGAGAUCUCGUGGCCUAUCAAGUGCUCGUUAUUUUGGAUGGGAACAGCCGGUCUGCAGAACAAGUAGAGGCGAAAAUUCUUGAAACCCUCGAAACAUAUGAUCCUUCGGUCUUUCGGGAAACGUUGAAAGAUAGCGUAGAUAGCAUAGCCGCAUCGAUAAUGCGGACCCUGAAUGAACAGGAUUUCACUGAAAACGGUUCGAUUGUCCAUGCCCUACGCACUCUUGACGGCUCGACUGGUCCAGCUCCGCUUUUCUCCCGUUUAACACGCUAUCGACGGCUCGAAGAUAUCGAUACUCACAUGACUAAUCUCCCAAAUUUUAGCCCCAAAACCAUCCUGAAAGCUUUGACAUGGCUCACGACGGAGGUCCCAGGCGGAGAUAAUCAUGCACUCACCUAUCAUGUUCUGCAGAUGCUUUUUGCAAAUCUCCAGCGAUCAUUUCUCAUAAACGAACAGAUGAGGCUAGUCAAUGCUAUCUUGUUAUGGGUCGUGUAUAGGCAUCAAAGGACGAGUUUCGAUGAUACGACUCUGCUACACGCACUCGUUCGUGGGGCUUGCUCAAUGCUGGGGCAGUGGGAUUUGGUACCAGCUGCUCAAUCCAUUCUGGAAUGGUGUUUCUCCCUCUACGAUUCACGCAUCGAUCCUCGAUUUCCUGAUAUUCUCAUCCGUGUGGCUUGUUUGUGUCACGAUUAUGCCACAGAUGCCGAUGACGAUUCCCAAGAAAGAUGUCAAGCAUUACUUCAGUGGGUCGAUGGUCAAACUUAUGCACUUUCUUGUAGACCUAGUGUUUGUGAGCAAGUAAAGUUAGCUCUCCCGGCUUGGCCUCAUAAGCCUUCCGAAAUACUAGGCCCGCUGUCCGACUCCAUAGAUCCGGCCAGUUUGUCCAAAGUCCUUACCGACAGACAUAUAUCUUCGAACAAGUUUCGCUUAGUUCGCCGUCUUCGGGACCAAUCUCAGCUUCAUAUAUACGACCAUUCACAAUUCGCUCAAACAGACUUUUGGAAACUGAAAGAGUGUAUGCCAGCGACUCACCAGCUUCGUGAAGAAGAUGUGCAUGCUUUCGCCAGUUUAUUGGUAUUAAACCAAGGUUCUAUCAAUGGGUUUGGCAGUGAACCGGAGAAAAAAAUAUCCCCUUCUUUCCAAGUCAAGUCCCGUCAGCAGAAAGAAGUCGCAAAAGCCAAACUUCAUACUCCCCAAAGCUCAUUGAUACUUGUUCUCCUAACCAUGCUGGACAACCAUGACGAUGAUGGCUCUCGUUAUGCUGCAUAUCAAACCCUGCGCGCUCUGAUGUUGACCUUGCCGCUGGAUCUUUUCGAAGUGCUAUCACAAUUUUGGCCUGCAGAAUAUCGGAUUGAGGUCUGCUACUUGCGGGAAUUCCGUCUGAUUGCCACAAAGCGACAGAUACCCGAAUUAUCUUCAACUUUGUCUGCUGCUAAAUUCAUUGAAACGGCACAAGAUUUCUCAGCCUGGAUAAGUGCAUUCGCAAUUCUUCUUGCGGAUGUCUUGUCCGCGUCCAAUCCAUUUUACGCACAACUCUGUGCUAUUCUCGCCUCCCAUAUCCCUUUCACUACUACGGUUCUACCGUUACUAGUACAAACUCUUCUACAAUCACCUGACGGAAAUUCACAUUCCUUAACGUUAUCGCGAUAUUUUGAACAGGUCCUUUCAUCAAGCAAAACGGCUGUCCUAUGCCGCAGAUCCAUCAUCGACAUUGUUCUACAUCUGCGCCACAUAGACCAUGACGGCCGUGAUGCACUGGCGUACAACCAAUGGCUCAAUGUCAGUUUCCUUUCCCUUGCUCAAAAUGCGAUAACUUGUGGAGCAUAUACGACCGCAUUACUCUUCCUGGAAUUAGACGCCGAGUACAGGGACCGGUCCGGCGAUGAUGAUGUCUCUAGAGAUACUGAGCAAAUCAUGUAUGAAAUCUACAGUAAUAUUGACGAGCCCGAUGGUUUUUAUGCUAUCCGGACCCAAGAUCACCAUCAAUUUUUGAUGAGGCGUUUCCAUCACGAGAAAGAGUGGGGGAAAGCUUUUCGAUUCCACGGUGCAGCUCUAGAAACGGACACCCAAAACGCAACGGAGAUCGAAGGCCUUUUACAAUCCUUCCACUCUUACGGUUUUAACCAUAUCGCAACACAGACGCUCCUUAAUUCAGAUCAAGAAAAUCCGAAUAUCGCAUAUCGGUUGGGUUGGAGAGCAGAGACUUGGGAUCUUCCGGAAUCUAAUGACGGGUACCAUCCUGGUGCUUCGCUGUAUCUUGCUCUUCGCGCGGUACAUCGCGAACGGGAUCAGGGGGUUACCGACGCUGUCAUCCGGCAUGUUCUGUUCAAAGAAAUGGACCAUCUCCGCACUCUUGGAUCUGAGAAUAUUGCUCAAAUACGUGAGGCAAUCCAGUCACUGAUGUGUCUUAGUCAAGCGAUACAAUGGAGAUCUUCCUCGAUUCAGGACCUUAUCGUUGGUAAAUGUACAGAUGUUUCGAAAUGGUCGACGUUCACUACAGUAGAAUCUGGUUUCCACUUCGACGAUAUAGAGAGUAUCAUGGCCACUCGCAUAUCACUUGUUAAGUCUGCCAGACGCAAAGAGCAGCGUCACCAGAUUGGUACUAUGCACUCUCCCUUCAGCCAGACCUUACUAGACGUAGAGAAGAUAUGUCUCCUUGGUUUAUCACAGGCGGCUCGAGAGACUCGUCAGAAUCAAAUAGCGCUCAAUUCGGUUUUUCGAGCCAAAAACCUCGAAGAUAUCCCAUCUUUCGUAGUCACGGAAGAGUUUGCAUCUGUUCUUUGGGCACACAAGGAGGAGAAACAUGCUGUAGAGUAUCUCAAAGAUCUACGGAGGGUGGGAGGAAAUUCAGAUCCUAUAUGGCAAGCACGAGUGACGGCGCGACUGGGUUCUUGGACUUCGGAGGCUUGCCUUGAACAACCAUCCUUUAUCAAGCAUGAAUUCUUCGAGAAAGCGAUUUCCCUGAUUAAACAAAAUGCUCAUGAUAGCGAAGGACGAGCUUCUGUGUGUCAUCAGUUUGCCAAAUUUGCUGAAGCUCAGUACAAGGCGGCCCUCGAUUCACCAGAUCUCAUUCGCUUGAACGUGUACAAAGAACGCAAAGAAAAGGAGCUUAGGCACUACGAACAGUUGAAACACGAACAAAAGGGGCGUAUUGUGGACAAGAAUUUAGCUAAUACCAUUGCUGCAGUCCAAAAGGUUUUAGCUCAGGACAAUAAAGCUACGUCAGACUUUAUUAGCAGCCGCGAUGCCUAUCUGAAGCAGGCCAUUGAAAUGUACUCUCGGUGUCUCGAGGCAUCGGAUAAAUUUGAUGCAGACGUCCCUAUUCGAUUUUGCUCACUGUGGUUAUCCAACUUCGACUAUGAUCCUAUACAGGAAAAACUGCACAAAGCUUUGCAGCGAGUGCCGUCUCGUAAACUUGUAUUCUUGGCACAUCAGAUAUUCUCUAGGAUUGAUAAAACAGAUUCUUCAUCACAGAAAACAUUACAGCCAACAAUGCUUCAGAUGUGCACCGAGCAUCCUUUCCACAGCCUCUAUCAACUCUACUGUUUGCAGCCUCCAAAAACUCAAACGAAGAUUGAUCGACGAAGCUCCGGUCGUGUCUCUAGCGGAAGAACUACAGAAUUACCUCCCACUGGUAGAUCUUUGGCAGCUAAGAUCAUUUUUGACAAACUAUUGAAUGAUCCAAAAACCCGCACGCGUACCGCUGCUGUUCAGGAACUCUGUGAUGCGUCAUUGAAGUUUGCGAAUUUCCCGGUCAGCCAAUCAAAAGAGAAGAAAGUUCCCGACGAUCAACCUAUUCGAACUUUGCACUUAAGUCGCGGAACAGUUCCCGUCAUCACUGCCUACACUCCCAUUGACCCAACCAUGCGUUACGAUCCUGGAAACUGUGUUUGCGUAGAUAAAUACGCCAGCGAAUUCGACACUGCUGGUGGAAUAAAUCUGCCGAAAAUCAUUUUCUGUCAUGGUACAGACGGGAAAAAGUACAAACAACUUUUCAAAGGCGACCAAAAGGACGAUCUACGACAGGAUGCUGUUAUGGAGCAAGUAUUCGACCUUGUCAACGUUGUUCUCAAUCGUGAUGUCGAGACGAAGAGGCGUAAUCUAUACAUUCGAGGGUAUAAGGUAAUCCCCCUAGCGAGUCAAGCGGGCAUCCUUGAAUUCGUAGGGAACACAACGACGCUCAAGAGUUGGCUCGACAGAGCCCACGUCCGGUACCGGCCUAAUGACAUGAGGAAUAUCGUAAAGAAAUUGGCGGAACAACAAAAAAGUCCUGGUUCAACCCCCGAAGCCAACCACCAAUUCUACGUACAGUGUAUGAAGAAUUUCAAACCUGUGAUGCGACACUACUUUACAGAAAUUCACAAAACGCCCAUCGCUUGGUUCCGUACCAGGUUGAACUACACUCGGAGCGUCGCUACAACUUCCAUCGUUGGUCACAUAUUGGGCCUCGGUGACCGCCAUACCUCCAAUAUCCUAAUGGACAACAGCAAGGGUGAAGUCAUCCACAUUGAUCUCGGCGUAGCCUUCGAUCAAGGGAAGCUUCUGCCUGUCCCAGAGAACGUUCCGUUCCGAAUGACCCCUGACAUGGUGGACGGAAUGGGGAUUUCAGGGACAAAUGGCGUAUUCCAGCGAUGUGCUGAAGAAACUCUUCGUGUACUUCGGGAUGAGUCAGACGUCAUAAUGACCGUUUUACAAGUUUUUCGUUAUGAUCCUCUAUACAAUUGGACGAUGAGUGAUUACAAGAUGAAGAAGCAAGCUGAGAUCGAUGACUCUGCGACGACGACAACGAUGAUUAUGAAGAAUCCCGAGAACGAGAGGAUCCUCACGGAAAGAUUGGGUAUUGGGAUUAACCUGGAUAGUACUCGUGCACAGGAAGAUGCAGAUCGUGCACUGAUGGGUGUUUCCGGGAAACUCAGUAGGAAUUUGAGUGUCGCUGCCGCAGUUAGAACGUUAGUCGCGGAAGCAACUGACACAUACAACUUGGGCACGAUAUUCUAUGGUUGGGGACCCUACUAUUGA